UAGACAUCACAGAUUGUUCUUGAAGGACUGACUGCGUACUGCUGAGUAGUUGAAAUGUCAAUAAGGAGACGAAAUAGCUUUUAUAGAAGUUUUAAAGAUGCAUGUCCAGAAUUUGAAGAAAUGCUUUUGGACAGGGGAGCAACUGCAGCUGCACAAAACAAAUGGGUUUUCGAAAUCGCUUGGGAAGUGGCCAAUAAAGUGGGAGGCAUCUAUACUGUGAUCAAAUCUAAGGCGCCGGUCAGUGUAGGAGAGUUGGGGGAGCAGUACUGUUUACUGGGGCCCUAUAACGAGGCGUGUGUAAGGACAGAGGUGGAGAUCCUGGAGCCCUCCCACUAUGUGUAUAGACAGACAUUACAGGCAAUGAGGGAUGCUGGUAUCAAGGUUCACUUUGGUCGCUGGCUGAUAGACGGAUAUCCUAAAGUCAUUCUGUUUGAUAUCGGCUCGGCAGCAUGGAAACUUGAUGAAUUUAAACAUGAACUCUGGGAGAAGGCUAGUAUAGGGGUUCCCUGGCAUGACCGUGAGUCCAAUGAUGCUGUGAUAUUCGGAGCACUGGUGGCCUGGUUUAUUGGAGUGUUUCGUUCCAACCUGUCUGACAGUCCAAUUGUUGUGACUCAUUUCCAUGAGUGGUUAGCCGGGGCAGGUCUUAUUUACCUCAGAACCAGGAAAGUUGAUUGUACCACUAUCUUUACAACUCACGCCACCCUCCUGGGGAGGUAUCUGUGUGCUGGGAGCUCAGACUUCUACAAUAAUAUUGCUAAGUUUAACUUGGACAAAGAGGCAGGUGAUCGUCAGAUUUACCACCGCUACUGUAUGGAGAGGGCAGCAGUACACUGUGCUCACGUGUUUACCACCGUGUCUGAAAUCACAGGAGUGGAGGCUGAGUACCUACUGAAAAGGAAACCAGAUGUGAUUUUACCCAACGGUUUGAAUGUUGUCAAGUUCAGUGCCAUCCACGAGUUCCAGAAUCUCCAUGCCAUAUACAAAGAGAAAAUUCAUGACUUUGUCAGAGGACAUUUUUAUGGACAUUAUGACUUUGACCUAGACAAGACCCUGUACUUCUUCUCUGCUGGGAGAUAUGAAUUCACCAAUAAAGGAGCUGAUAUGUUUAUUGAAUCUUUAGCCCGGCUGAAUUAUUAUCUCAAGGAAGCCAACAGUGAGACGACUGUAGUAGCAUUCUUAAUCUUCCCAACCAAGACCAGUAACUUCAAUGUAGAGUCACUGAGAGGUCAAGCCAUCUCAAAACAACUUAAGGACACUGUUCACCAUGUACAAACACAGAUCGGCAAGAGGAUUUUCGAACAGUGUCUAAGGGGGAAAAUUCCCUCUGGAGAUGAGAUUCUAGAACAAGAAGAUAUAGUGAAAUUAAAGAGAUGUAUCUAUUCUGCUCAGAGGAACAGCCUGCCACCUAUAUGUACUCACAAUGUUAACGAGGAUGCUAAUGACCAGAUUUUAAAUGCCCUCAGGAAAUGCCAGCUCUUUAACAGGAAAGAAGAUAGAGUUAAGGUUGUGUUUCACCCUGAGUUUCUGAAUUCCACCAAUCCAUUGUUUGGGUUAGACUAUGAGGAUUUUGUGAGGGGUUGUCAUUUAGGUGUGUUCGCUUCGUACUAUGAGCCCUGGGGAUACACACCAGCGGAGUGUACCGUGAUGGGGAUUCCCAGUAUCACGACCAACUUGUCAGGCUUUGGCUGCUUCAUGGAGGACCACAUAACUGACACUCAGUCAUACGGUAUCUAUGUGGUCGAUCGACGUCAUUCAAGUCCGGAGGAAUCGGUUAACCGACUGGCUAAGAAUAUGUUUGAUUUUACCUGUCUAUCCAGGCGACAGCGUAUUAUCCAAAGAAAUCGUACAGAGCGACUCAGUGAUCUACUGGACUGGAGAAACCUCGGGGUGUACUACAGAAAAGCUCGCCAGAUCGCAAUAGCUCGAGUAUAUCCAGACCUUGCUGGCAAGGAGGAGGAGUUCCUACAGAGUAAAAAGUUCAAGUACCCCAAACCCGCUUCUGAACCCUCCUCUCCGUCAAUGUCCAGAAGUUCCACCCCCGCCCCCUCAGAGCAUGGGGAUGAUGACGACGAGGAUGAAAUUGAUGAAGAUGAAGAAAAUGCCGAGUUAAACUCCAAUCCCGAGGCUGACAGACCGAUGUUUAAAUGUUAGAGGAGAACUUCCUUCCUAUUUGUUUGUGCUUGGAAGGAAGGGAUUUUCCUUAAUCAGGUUUUAGAGGUGUGAUACUAUGGUUUUUGCUUUACAUGAUAUGUAAUGCCAUUAGUUUGUUAUAUGCCUAAUGAGUUGAUCUCAUUGUUGAAAAGCUUAUGUAUGCUUCACAUUUCCAUAAAUUUUUAGUGACAAUCAAUAAUUAUCACAAAAGCUAAGAUGUCAUAAGAAACAGACUGUUACAUAGAACUGAAAAAAAUGAAAUUUUUACUAAGAAUCAAAGGAUUUCUUUAUAUAAACUUUGAAAAGCUCAACAUGCUUUCAUAAAGCAGAUACAUGUAAUAUUUAUGUGUACAGAAAUUAACUUCUUUUAGCCUUAUAUCUUUUUAUGUACACUGUUAAAUUCAUUAUCCCUACAUAGAGAGAAUUCUGUGGAAAAUUAUACAUGUUAUCCAUUAAUACAGCAGCAAAAUUUUAGAAGGUUGUAUAUAACACAUUAUGCAUAUGAUGGGCUUUUGAAACUGCCAAAAAAAAAGCAAAAUAGAAUAAACAAGUUACUACCUUGCAUAAUAAAAAUUCAAUUUUUUUAAAAAUAAAAGAUCAAAAGGGCAUAUAUAAAUGAUGACCAGUCAUUUUAAUACUAGUGACAGCAUUCCAUUGCAAAUAAUUUUUUAUGGAUGUCACAAAAAUAUUCACAUUUCUGAGUCUUCUCAAGCUUUUGAUCCUUUGAAUUAAUGUAGUAAGUGUGCAGGUAUUACAUUUUUAAAUUUAUGAAGAUUAUGAACAAAUGGCCACUUAUUGGAACAUUUAAAACAGGAUACAUUUUGAUACAGAUAAUAAAAAAAUUAACAUAAACUUUUGUGGUAUUUUUUUUAUCAUCAUAAUAUAGCCAAAUUAAAUUCAGAAGAAAUAAUUUGGUUUAAAAAAAAAUUAUGAUGAUGAAUUUCAAAAUUAUUUAAAAUUUCAAGCUGCAAAAUGGUGUCACUAAGCAAAAUUUAGCAAUUUACCAUAAAAUACACUUUAUAUUGGCUAUUGUCCUAUCUCGUUAAGUGACAAAGUAAAAUUGAAAUGUUGAAAUCAAGAAUAGUUUCAUCAUUUCACAUGCCAAUAAAAAAAUAUAUG